GAGAGACGGGACAGCAGUGCCGGUCAAAGAUACGUUGUCGGCCGGUAGAGGACAGCAGGGUAGAGGAGAGCAGGUCAGAGGAAGGGACGAGAGGAAAGGAGAGUGGAGCGGAGCGGAGCAGGACAGGGGAGACAAGAGAAAGGGAGAGCAGGGCUGGGCGGAGCGGAGGGAGCGAUGUGAGUGCGGCUGGCACUUGCUGUCAAAGCCCAGGAAAUGCUGCGACCAGACGAUUCGUCCUGGAGCAUUUCGUUCGCCGGCUGCGGAUUCCUCGGCAUUUACCAUGUGGGGGUUGCCAGCUGCCUGUGCGAGCACGCCCCGCAUCUGGUGCAUAACGCCAGCAACAUCUACGGGGCAUCGGCCGGCGCGCUGACAGCCACCGCCUUGGUCAGCGGAGCCUGUCUAGGAGAAUCUGGUGCAAAUAUUAUUGAUGUUGCUAAGGAGGCACGCAAGAGAUUUCUGGGCCCUCUGCACCCUUCCUUUAACAUGGUGAAGGUUAUCCGUAGCCGGCUUUACAAGGGGCUCCCAGACAACGCACAUGAGUUGGCAACUGGUCGGUUGGGCAUUUCGUUGACCCGUGUGUCCGAUGGAGAGAAUGUACUGGUGACGGUGUUUAACACUAAAGAGGAGCUGGUGCAGGCCUGCAUUUGCAGCACAUUUAUCCCCGUGUACUGUGGACUAAUACCACCAACACUGCAAGGAGUGCGAUACGUCGAUGGAGGAAUUACAGAUAAUUUACCUCUGUAUAAACUCAAGAACACAAUUACUGUGUCUCCCUUUGCUGGAGAAAGUGACAUCUGUCCUCGGGAUUGCUCCAGCAACAUGCAUGAGUUGAGAAUAACGAAUACCAGCAUCCAGUUCAACCUGCAGAAUAUGUACCGCCUUUCCAAGGCCUUAUUUCCUCCUGACCAAGAGGUGAUGCGCGAUAUGUGUAAGCAGGGAUACAGUGAUGCCCUUGACUUUCUCAAGAGGAACGCUUUGUUGAACCGGCCACAGCCUUUGUACAGCCCUGCUCAGCUUGCCCUACAGGACAAUCAUGAUGAAGAUGAUGAAGAAGAAGCAGGAAUGGAAGCAGCAGAGGCAAAUCAAAUGGAAGUCAAAGGUGGAUUGAACAAGAAUAAUGACGAGAUUCUGGAGCACCUGCCGCCACGGCUUCACCAAGCACUAAUUGAAGCGUGUGCUGAAAAAAGGAGUUUGCACAGCAACUUUUCAAACCUGCUGCCUGUCCGCUUAGUCUCUGCCAUGAUGCUGCCAUACACCUUGCCCGUGGAAUCAGCAUUUUCAUUCACUGUAAGAAUCCUGGAAUGGUUGCCUGAUCUCCCAGAGGACAUUGACUGGAUGAAAGAUCAGAUCGCUAAUGUCUUGUGGUACUUUGUCACCAAUGCCAAGGCAAAAUUGGGACAUCAUCUUUCCACAAGGUUGCAAUACAGCACGAGGCUACAAAAGACUCAAAGCCUUCUCAUACCGCCAACGUCGCCUGCCAGUUCUCUCCGGCAAUGGAUCCGAAGCAAUACUUCGGUGAACGAUCUCAUUCUGAAAUGUGAACAGUACCAACGGCACCUGUGGCCCAGCAUGCCCUUCGUCAACUGGAAACUCCAGGCCCCCACAUGCCAACAGGAUCUGGAUCCUGGUUUAGAAAUGAAACCAUCACCCGCUUCUCCAUAGAAACCAGACUGAAUGUCAGAGGGGGCAACCUUCCUCACACAGCAAGCACUUCUUACUGAAAGUAUCAUGUAUUCCAGCGAGUUUCAUUUAACACAUACAGCUUGUACAGAUUUCUCUUAUAUAUCAAAGGGUGGCACAGUGGCGCAGCGGUAGAGUUGCAGCCUUACAGCGCCAGACACGGGUUUGAUCCUGACUAUAGAUGCUGCCUGUGCGGACUAUGCACGUUCUCCCUGUGAUUGCGUGGGUUGC